ACUGGAGUAUCGUACCACCAGGGAACGGGUUUUGCAACAGAAACAGAAGCGAGCCAACCACAGAGAAAGGAACAAAACCAGAGGAAAAAUGAUCACAGAUUUAUGAUUUCCAACUGUGAUGGGCAGGCAUCAUUACAAUUCUGGGCGGCGCUGUCAGUGCCGGAGACAGAUGAAGAAGAUGACAUUGAGUCUGGAAAAUUCUCUAGUACAUUUCCAACACCUCACAAUCAACUGCAAGAGUAUCAGGAUACUGAAAAUGCUGUAGAACAUGAGAACAUGAAAGCUGUUCUGAAGACGUCAUCUCCAACUGGAGAGAACAUUGCAUUAGGAAUACGCACUCGAUCCAGGGCCAAUCAAGGCAAUACUGGCUCACGGAACCCUAGCAAUGAUGAUUUGACUAAUGCUACAGACAAUGCAGCAGAUGAGAUAAUGGAUCGUAUUGUCAAGUCUGCCACACAAGUACCAAGUCAACGUACAGUGCCCAAAGAAAGAAAGCGAUCAAGAGCAAACAGGAAGUCAAUAAGAAGGACAUUGAAGAAUGGAUUGUCUCCAGAAGAAGCCAAAGCUUUGGGUCUGAUAAGCACUUCAGAGAUGCAAGUGUGAUGACAGCAAUUACGUCUGCUAAAAGAAAAAAAAAUCUUUCUUUUUUUCAUGCAUGCAUGCCAUCAAUAGUCUUCAAAUUCAACAUCCCCUGCCAGUUUCAGCUACUAUUUGUUUUAUCCCAUUGCUGCAUGAUACUAAAUCAAAUAAUAAAUUGAAAUUAGUAAACUAAUCUUGUAAAAGUAUCUAACUGACUGCUACAAAAAUAAAUUACAGGAGCAGAAGAUCAAUUGAACAUUGUGUCACAUUCAUUUUGUCAUGCUGUAUUGAAGAGAGUUGCCGUUGGGCUAUCUUGUAUUGUGCGAAAGAUGUUAAUGCUAAUUUUCCUUGCAGCACAUUGUAGUAAUUGUAAAGUACUAUGUUUUAUCAAUUCUUUAAACAAUUUUUCUUAAAGUUAUUUCUAUCUUACAAAGGCAGAACAAUGUACUUCAUUAUUUUUUAUCUUUUCACCAAGAAUGUAAAAUGUAUGUCAAUUUGUGCACGUACACAUGUACAGUACAUAUGGAAUCCAGAUGCCCAUAAUGUGUUUUUUCAUAAAAACUCACUGAUUUGGAAUUCUGUUAGAAUAGCAUAUAAAUAUCUCAUGUCAGUCAAGCAUAAAUAUGAAAGACAAGUUAAAUUAAUAUCAGAAUAGUUUUAAACAAAAUACUGCUUCCUAAUUUCAUCCAGUAUCGUUUGUAUCGUUUCCUGAGAUUUCUUCUGGUCUGUAAAAAGAAAUUAAAUGAAUAUGUUGACAAUAAUUUGGACAAAGAAUGACUGUUUGGGAUGCUAGUAAACCAAUCAUAAGGGGUUACUUUAUACAAUAUAACCAUUUUGAAAGAAAAUACUGUUUCCUGUAAAGGAUUAGAUAGGAAAAUAGUGCUGACAUUGGGGCCCAUUAAGCUGCUGUUUUCAUUCAAUUUUAAAACAUUUAACUAUCAGUUACAUUAGAUUUUGUUAACAUUUGCCUUUCUCUCAUAAACCUUAAAGAAACAAUAAGGAAAACAAUUGUUUUAAAUAUCAAAUUUGCUCCCCAUCACCUAUUCAAUAGCAUUCUUCUUAGCACAACUCUUGUGCUAUUAUUCUGGAUGUAUUCAACAAUAAUCUUUAUAUAGAAAGUAUUGAAUAUACAAUAUUUAAAAAAACACAGAUCCUAAUCCUUUCUUAGGCAUGAAACCUCUGAGACCUAAUCAUAUCAAGUGCUGAAACAAGAUAGUUAAGAAAAUGAAACAUUUGUUAAAUCAUGCACUGAAUGCAAUGUAAACUAGUAAGCACAAUGCAAAACAAGUGGAUCCCACAAUAAGCAGUACAAGCAGAAAGAACAAUAAUCUGUAUUUCUUUAUUUCUAAUGUCUAUUACUUGACUGAUUUUGUUCUACAAUUUAUUUGGACCUAUAGGGAUGUUAUAUGGAUCUAUAAAAGCUUCCAUUGGGCUGCAGAAUUACAUUUUUUUCUUCCUGAUGCCCUACUUUUUAAUGAUUCUACAGUGACCUGUAAGUAUUCUGUUAAUAAACCUCAUUGCUGUGUUUUACUAGAAAGAAGGAAUUAUUAAUACAAUGAAUAAUAUUGAUCUUUUUUCUUGUUUAACUUUUUAUGUGUUUCAAAAGGACUAAACUAAAUGUUGGUAUUGGUUUUCUAAAAUGUAGCCAUCAGAAACAUUUUUGUUGCUCAUAUCAGGGUUUUGCAGUGAUUCAAAUAAUUCAGGAAAGGUACUUCAGAGCAUGAAGCAAAUCUAGUAACUGUUUUAAAGAGCUGCAGAGAAGUCUAAACUUCUGUGUUUCCACAUAUUCCAGAAAUGUUUUUGGAAUUAAAUCCAAAGUAUUGGAUAAUUCAAAUAGCAAUAAAUAUUUCUAAAUUUUCAGAAUAAGAGGGGAAACGUAUAAAAGAUUUUUUAAAAUUAAUAAAAACCUAUCAGUGGGAUCAUAUGACCUAACAGUGCAACAGUAAAGCUUUCAUGAAUUUUAGUACCCUCCCAAUGACAGAAAAAAGUAUUUGUGUCUCUUCAUCCCUUUACUGAUGAGAUUUUUUCUCUGCUUUCAUCCUAAUGCCAAAUCUUUCUGUCCCAUCUUCUUUUCAAAUUUUCUCAUACUUGAAUGUUUGUACUUUGGAAAGAACCAGCUUGACUUGGAAGGAGGAGCAGUCGCUUUCUCUCCAAAACUGGAGCCAUAUUUCUCACUUUUGCAGAAAAAUAUCCAAUGAAUCUUAUUUCUUAAUGGAUGUUGGUUACCAAAAACACUAUUGUGUUUGUCUAUAACUUCUCCAAAUAAGCAUAUAGAGUACAUUUUUGAAAACUGUUAAUCACAAUAUUAAGAAUAUUUUUAGGAGUAAACAAAUUCCCAUCGUAAAUUGUUGCAUUGAUCUAUCUUACCAUUUUAUUGUUUAUAUUACAAUACAUUUUGUGAAUCAUUUUUCAAUCUUAUUCCAAAUGCAUCUUGUAAAAAUUCAUAUCUGUAACAAACACGCUUAUUGAAAUCAUGAUUAUGAUUGUGUUUUGAUAUACAAAUGAUAUGAUUUGUUUCCUAAAGCAAUUUAAGUUUUUAAAUAAGUUUUAUAAUUGUAUGACACUAAUUCAAACAGCUGUUUCAGUUAAUACAGCUCCUAAAAAACAGAAAACACUAGAUGACAUUGAAGAAUUACAGAGAAUCUUAGUAUUUCUUUGUUGCUAUUUCAGCCUCGUGUGCAUUUUCAUAACUCAGAUAUGGUAGCUUUUUCUAGUGAAGUACUGUACAUAAGCUUUGUCUUUGAGAAUCUCACCAGCCAACUUAUCUGUAGCCUGCUUUUGAAAUUUGCCAUGCACAAAAUGGGGAAUUUUGAGAAAACCAAAGCUGCCUCUAUACUCUAGGAGCAUAUAGAAUUAGCUUCACUGGAUUCUGGUCAUAAUCUCCCAUAUAAUUUGCCUAUUGGAUUAUUCCUUUCCUUGUUAUAACUGACAAAAUUUUGAAAGUAUUCCUAAUGACAAAUGAUCACAAUUUUUCUGUUACCUCCUCCUCCCCUAAAGGAACCAACGGAAAUAUCUGUAUAAGUAAAUGUUUUCCAAGAUGCAGUGAGCUGUUGUUAGAGGAAUAAAGAUCAAAUGACCCCAUUUUAAAGACUGCAGGUGGGGGGGGAAAGAAAAGAAAAAGGAAGAUUUAUGGAAAUUAAGAAUGGAAAUUCUGUUUCCAGGUAGCUGAGGACUGACUUUUUAAAUUUGUAAAAAAUAAAAGUAACAUACCGGUAGUCCUUGAUUUACGAAUGUAAUGGAGCCUGCCCAUAUCAUUCAUAACUUGAAAAUUUAUGGGAGGGAAUCUUGUACCUCAAACAAGAUCACUCCCUGCUUUUGCUAAUGCAUUUGCUAAUCAAAUGCAUGGGCGAAUGUGUGGUUCUUUAUGGGCACAUCUCAGAGUGGGGAAGGCCAUGGAGGGCCUAGUGAUGUAACAGGCCCCAAAGGCCUCCCUGACCCACUAAGACACCUUUCCCCUCCCUUCCUGCCACACUGACUCACUUACCAUGAAAAGAUCCAUCUCCUUUCUGCCGUGGUUCCUGCUUUUGAGAGAGAGAAGAGUCGAUGAAAACUCCGGUGUACCAUAAUAUCUUUUGCAGAACUCUUGCGGUGCUUGCAGUGCCUGUCUCCUGCUCACCCCCCCCCCCCGACUCCUGAGCCACGCAGCUGCCACUCCAGGCCUCUGUUAGGGCGGCGGAGUCCUGGAAAAAAAUAUCCAACGCUCGGAUUGGGCCUCUGGAGGCUCAAAGAAGCAUUCUCCGGCUGCUGUUCCAGGCAACAGUGGCCUGGAAAAGGCCUCUGACAUCCAGAUUGGGCAUCUGGAGGCCCACAGAAGCAUCUCCUGGCCUCCUUUCUGGGUGGCAGCAGCCUGGAAAAGGCCUUCAAUGCCCGGAUCAGGCCUCUGGAGGCCCACAGAAGCAUCCCCCAGCCUCCUUUCUGGGCAGCAGUGGCCUGGAAAAGGCCUCUGAUGCCUGGAUCGGGUCUCUAGAAGCCCAUGAAAGCAUCCCCUGGCCUCUUUCCUGGGUGGCAGCAGCCUGGAAAAGGUCUCUGAUGCUUGGAUUGGGCCUCCAGAGGUGUGGGAAAGUCUCCCCCUGCCUCUGUUCUGGGCAGCAGCAGCCUGGAGGCCUUUGCCAAGGAAAACUGAGCCCCAGAGUGACUUGUGCUUCUUUUGAGGGCUCCAUUCUCUUCAGCAAAGAUCUUGAGGAAUGGCUUUGCCGCUGUAAAUGGAGGCCUGGAGGCAUGCAUGCAUCCCUCCCAGCCUCCAUUAUCAGCGGGAAAGGCUUUUUGCAAAGAGGAAAGGCUUCAAAGUUUCAGCCCUUACCUGCUUUUGCAAAACCUUUUGCCACAGUUUUCCACCAGGCCUUUGUUUGCAGAGAACAUCCUAAAGUACCAUGAGAUCACGCGAGAUUAGUAGCGUGAGAUCUCAUGCCACUGAUGUUGCAUGAUCUUGCAGUACUUUAGGUCUCCAUUCUCUGUGAACGAACUGAAGACCUGGAGCAGCCAAGAAAACAAAGAAUCUCUUGAUCUUCACAAGGUAUCCACAGGCCUAGUGCCUAGGGAGACCCGAGGGGGUGGGAGGGAAUAGCCAGAGUGAAUGUUGCACUGCCACUGCAGUCAUUCGUAAGGGUGAAUGACUGCCAUGGUGUGGCAACAUUUGUAAUUUUGGAACUUUUUGAUAAACACUAGGGGCGCUUAUCACGUAACUUCAAAUGUUCGCUAUGAGAACAUUCAUAACUCGGGGAUUACCAGUAUUAAUUUUCCUACUUCAAAAUGACAAUCUUUCUUUUAGAAUUGUUGCCUUUUACUAUACUGUGUCUAUAGGAUUGUGAAAGGAAAAUUAGUGAGAUGUGGCAUGAGGUACACAAAUGUCUGUUAACUGCUCUUCCUAAAAUGCUUAAGGAAGUGACAUCAUAUUACCCUCUUCCAAGGUAUUUUUGGAAGGACAGCCUUUGAAGCUGCAGAUGCUGGUAUUUGAGUGAAAAAUACAAGGCAUUUUUUAAAAAAAACAAAAAAGAUGGAAAACUUCAGCCAUUUCAUAAGAUGAAAUAAACAACAGCACUCUCAUUUCACUUGAAAAAAAUUAGCCCAAUAUUGCAACAGGAGAGUGUUCUGAGGAAAAGGGUGACAUUUUUUUUAGUUUAUCUUUAAUGUAUUCAGUAAACUCCAAUGCUCCUCUUUUGUUUAUUUUAGAAUGUUUCUCUCAAGCCACUGUGCAUCUACAUGUCCAGCACUAUUUUUUUGAUGAGGAGACAGAUUAGAAUUUGUUAACUGUUACUUUAAAAAGGGGGGUGGAAUAUAUCUAGACUUUUAAUGUAAAUUAUGUCCAAAUACUCUCUAUUUUUUCUUUGUCUAUGUUGAAGGAUAAUUGUCAGUGUUACAAUAUAAAUACUAGCUGUGCACUGAAAAACCCAAGGAAAUUCCAUAUUAUAAAAUGCUAAGACCGUGAUAAAGCAUACCUUUUCUAUUUGUUGUUGCUUUGUAGAUUUUUAAGUAACCAAAUUCCUUUAAUUAAUCAUUUUCAAACACACACAAUUCACCAUACACAAAAGAAAAUUUGCACAAAUAAUUUACAUAUAUGUAAAGUGUGUGUGUGUGUGUGUGUGUAAAAUUACAGCUUUAUCCCAAGUUGACCUGACUUUCAAUAUUGACCAAGGUUAUCCAAAGAUUUAAACAUAAAAGAUUCUAGAUGUUUAUAUAAUGAGGGAAUAGUUUUCUCCAUUGAACUCAGGCUCAUUUUCUUGCAGUCCUGAAGCCUGAGCUCAAAAGUUCAGUCAACCUAUUUCCAGGAACUUGUGUAUACAGUUAAAGUUUUAAUGAGCUUUUCGGAAUUCAAAUAAAAGCAGUGGUGGGAUGUUCAGCCAGUUUGCAUCAGUUCAGCAGAACCGGUAGCUAAUUUUUUGUUGCCCAGGCCCAGAAAGGACUUCCUGAAGCAGCAUCCACACAGAGAACCAGUUGUUCACAUAUUUGCAGAGUGAGAAAACCAUCCUUGGCCAAUUGAUGGCCAAGAUUUAAAUACCACUUUAAGGAUGUAAUUGAAACUGUCAUUAUUGUUAUUGAAAAAGGAUACGAGAAAUCCAAAUGAGUCAAUCCUUACAUCAACUGUCACUGAGUUAGGUGAGGUAUAUUUUUAGUUAAAGAGAAAAAUUUUAGCUUUAUUAAUAAUUUGUAUUAGUAACUAUAGGAGUGGCAUGGUGGCCUAGUGAUGAAGACUCUUGCUCCCACUUGGAAGGUUGAAAAUUCAAUCCUAGGGUGCAAAUAAAAAAAAUAUCUGCUGUGAAAUCCAGGUGGCCUCAAGAAAGGCAUCCAGCCAGUAAAGGCUCAACUCCAUCCAGUCACCCCAACUCUAUCCUUAAUUAAGGGAUUAUGGAGUCAUAAAAAGGGAGGUUUUUUAUACUAGUCAAUAUAGGGAAAAUAGAAAUUUAUGAAACGUUCAUUUUGAAAACUAAGAAUCUGAGUUAAUCUAUUUCAUUUAUGUGUAUGCUUAUAUAUCAGUGAAGUUAAAUUUUGUUAUUAUGCCUAGAUCUCAUUUUUCAGAGAGUUCAGAAUUGAGAUUCCUUAUUUAUAUAAGAAAAUUCUGACUUACCCAGUUUAUGAAGAGAAACAAUGAAUCUGUACAUGCUAGAAAAAUUAUUUCCACAGUAUAUUUAUUAUAUUUUGGAUGUGGAUCCCUUUAAAUGGUUUUAAAUUGAUACGACAUGAAAUUAUGUUUAAUCAGCUAGCAAAUUAUUACACUAAUUUAUACAAAUGUUGUAUAAAAUAAUAAAUGCAACUUUCAUACAUAAAAUAAAAAGUUUUUAAUUAUUUUUGAAAUGCUUUGUUGUAUCACAACAAUCCACCAUUAACUUUAAUAGCAGGGAAAUAUGUGACUGUUCUAUAAAACAAAACAUUGUAAUAUUGGAUUAUAUUUCUCUAUGUAAGGAUUGUAUUUUGAUUUUUCACAUCUUAUUUGUGAGCUGUGUAUUUUUUUAAAAAAGUUUGUAAAGUAGAAAAUGAUAAUUAGUAUAAAAUGUAUACAUUAAUAAUCUUUUUUCUCUUUGUACAGUAUUGUGCAAAAUAAGAAUUUUAUCCAGCAGUAUUAUUCUAUGAAUUUAAAGACCCAAACAUGCACGCUCAAAAGUAUAUUUAAAAAACAACAAAAAUGCACGAUAUCACAAAUCCAUGUACAUGUCUCUAGAUAGGAAUGAGGUAUUUUUAUUUUGAUUAUAUGCUCAAUCUUAUUAACUGAUUAAUGCAUUUAACUUGGAAGUUAGUAUAUCCCGAGUUGUAUUUAAUACUGUUCUACUAAAUAAAUAAGCCUCACUCUGCCGAAUGAGGUUUUCAGUUAAGAAGAAUAAUAGAGGAUAUGAAGAACUGUUUUUUUUCUGAAUUUGUUUCAUGCAAGAAGAGCACAUUUAAAAUAUGUAGCUAUCUUUGUUCAGUUUGAGCACUAUGAGUUUAUUGCAAGUUUAACACUUGACAUUGAUCUCUGAUCUCAAACAUCUUAUAACUUUUUAGAUUUUUUUUUCUUCCUGGGCUAUUCAGCCUUGGAAUAUUGAUUAUUGGCCACAGGCCAUUAUAUCUAAUGUAAUUGACAAUUAACAUAUAUUAUGUACAUGAAGUAGUUUUCUAGUGCAGUUUUUUCCACUUUUUGGUCAGAAAGAAACAUAUUUGUUUUGAUUUCAAUCCUAAAUACACUAAAAAUGACUGGAUAGCUGACUUUUGUUUUUAAAAUUCAUUUCAAUGUAACAAAAAAACAGUUGGUUUCGUUGGCUGUAACAUCACUGCUUGAAAGAAAUCAUUACCAACAUAGAAUGGCUGGGAAUGUUAAUAGAAAGUCAGGGCAGAAAUAAUACCAUUGCACAUAGAGAACAAAAUGCAAUAAGUUGUUGGCAAUAGGGAGAAUGGAAAUAGAGAGUUGGGAAUAAACAAAUCACUGAAAGGAAAUUAAAAUUCACUAGAUAGUCCUGGAGAAUCAAUUUAUCACUUAGAGCAAUGAGUAAAAUUUGUUAGCUGGCCCAAAUCUUGAAAUGUUCUUUAUAUCUAAUCUUAUGAAGUUAUGUUGCUAAGAUACCUUGAAUUCUAAAUAUUGAAAAGCAUGGAUAAAUAUUAACUGUGAGAAAUACCAGAGCAUUAAAGUUAUACGACAAAUACACA